GUCGGUCCAACCAAUUUGGGACAGCAUGCCGCUUUCAAACAGAGUACUCACACCGCAGCAACUUUCUGUCUGUGUCUGGAUUUAAAUUAGUAGCCUAUCUGGAGCGUUUCCACGACAGGAACACAAACGCCACAUGGUCGAUGCUGAAUCCUGAAAUGCGCACGGGACUCACCUGAGCGGACUAUAGGUUCAGAAGAAACCACAACUUCCAAAUAGGACUCUUUUUUUUGGGUGGAGGGGGGAGCAUUAUCCCUAGAUUUUUAUUAAAAUGGGUGUGCUGUGGACGAUCUACAUUUUGUUCCUGGCGUGUUGUUUUGGAUUAGGUUUUGGAAGCCCCAACAGAUGCGACGAAGUCCGCAAAGUUUUCCAACUCAGGCAAAUUGGACCCAGUCAAUUAUUGACUCCAAGUCCCAGACCAGGUUCAGACCUUCAGGUGUGCAUGUCCAAGAACCUGACAUGCUGCAACAAGAAGAUGGAGGAGAAGUACCAGGUGGCAGCCCGGAGAGACAUCCAGAACCUUCUCCAGAUGUCCAGCUCCAGCCUCAAGUUUCUCAUCUCACGCAAUGUGGCUACUUUUCAAGAAACAUUUGAGGUCUUGAUGAGGCAGGCGGAGAAUCACACUAAUGCCGUCCUCCAGGAGUCGUACCGGAACAUGGCUGAUCAGUCUAUGGGCCCUGUGCGGGAACUCUUCACUGAUAUUAGUCUCUUCCUGCUGGGGUCUGAGUUCAACAUUGAUGACCUGGUACAGCGAUUCUUCGACGCACUCUUCCCGCUGGUCUACAAUCACCUCAUCAACCCAGGCCUCAGCGACAUAUCACCAGGCUACGCUGAGUGUAUAAGGUUGUCCCGCCGUGAUGCGAGACCGUUCGGUGAAGCUCCCAGCCUCCUGGCUGAUCAGAUUGCUCGCUCUGGGGUCUCCGGGAAGCUUCUUCUUCAGGCACUGCACCUCGGCAUUGAGGUCAUCAAUACCACAGACCAUUUACAGCUGAGCCGCGAGUGCAGACGGGCCCUGCUCAAGAUGCACUACUGUCCUCACUGCCAGGGCUUAACCCAGUCCAAGCCCUGCAUGGGUUACUGCCUCAAUGUGAUGCGGGGCUGUUUGGCAAGCAUGGCAGAGAUUGACACCCACUGGAGGGAGUUUGUUCGCUCACUGGAGGGCCUGUCGGCACGGAUGCAUGGGCUUCAGGAUUUGGAGCAAGUGCUUCUUGGAGUUCACACGCUGCUUCAUGAUGCUGUCGGACACGCUCAGAAAAAUGGACCCCGCCUCUCAGCACAGGUACACAAACUGUGUGGCCCACCAAGCAGGAAGCCUGCGCAGUCAGUCAGCAUCCUGCACAGCAGCAGCAGAGAAUCCAUCCCUCUUAAAGCUCUUGUCAGAGAGUCAGGGGACUCGCUCGCUGUCAGGAGAAGGGAUUUUCUGAACAGUCUACGUCUCUAUCGUACAUACUACGGUGGCCUGGCGGAUCAACUGUGUGUGAGUGAGCUGGCCCCUGGUGACGGGCUGUCCUGCUGGAAUGGUACUGACGUUGUAAAAAGCUACACCCUCCGAGUGGUAGGCAAUGGGAUCAAGGCUCAGAGUGCCAACCCCGAAGUCAAAGUAAAGGGAGCAGACCCUGUAAUAAAUCAGAUCAUUGACAAACUGAAACACAUCAAUCAGCUGUUACAGGGAAAGUCCAUUCCUAAACUGGGGUCACUGGACCAGAUUGAAACAGGAAGUGGAGACACAGAGGGACGUUACAGCGGUGACUGUGAUGAUGAGGACGGUUGUGGUGGUUCAGGUGGGGGCGAGAAUAAGAGGAAAGUCUCCCGAGUCUCCAAAUUGAGUCCAGAUGUGACAGAUGAUCACAAACAACAGCGUCAUCACCAUUAUCCACCUGCCAAGGAUUCAGAAAUGGAGGGCAGAUCCAGGAGCCUUGGACUGACAGGAACCAUCUGGGUCUUGAUAUUUCCUUGCUUACACAUGCUCCGGGCCUUGUAACAGCUGCCUUUUUGCAGCAUGACACUUUCAAGACUUGAUUUCAAGCUUAUUUAUCCAGAAACAAAAUUGCCAGUGGAUGUAACAAGUUCCAAUAUGUAAUGGAGCACCACUUCCACACAGUGCAGGACAUGGUAGGAGUGAACACUAAUGAUCGCGUGGAAAUUACAAGACACUGUGGCUUAUAUGUAAAACAGCAUUGGUUCAGCUUUGCAAAUAUUCAUUCUUUUUUAUCAGUUACCUGGCAUUCAUUAACACUAAUAAUAACUUAAUGGUAUUAUAA